AUGCUUCGGAACGGGUGGCCCGCCCUCUACCUCCUCUGUCUCACCAUCGCCCACUUCAUCCCCGCUCCCCAUCGCGCCUGUACCCAACCGGAGAGACGCUCCCUCCUCUCCUUCCUAUCCAACAUCUCCUCUCCGGCGGAACGGCCGCUGCGAUGGGGAGCAGUCGCCGACGACUGUUGCCUCUGGGAAGGCGUUAUAUGCGAUGUCGACGGGUCCGUAUUACGCCUCCGGCUACCGGGAAGAGGCCUCGGGGGAACCAUCUCCUCCUCCCUGGAAGGGCUCGCCCGCCUCGUCGAGCUCAAUCUGUCGCACAACUCACUCGACGGCGUGCUUCCCCAAUCCCUUCUGUGGAUGGAUCACAUCGUCAUCCUCGACGUAAGCUUCAAUCGUCUCCACGGUCAGCUGCUGCCGCCUCCGCCUAUAGAGAAUUCGGGCCAGUCGUCAGCCAGCGCCAGCCGCCCGAUUCAGUCCCUGAACGUAUCCAGCAACCGGUUCACGGGGGAACUCCCUAAACUACCUCGGCUCCCGCAUCUUCGGGAGCUGAAUGCGAGCAACAACAGCUUUUCUGGCUCAAUCCCCUCCUCCGUCUGCGGCCUCUCACCCCGCCUCAGGAUCCUCGACUUCAGCCACAACCAAUUCGCCGAUAAAAUCCCCCCGGGAUUGGGCUACUGCUCGGAGCUGGAAGUGCUUGAUGCGGGCUUCAACAACCUCGCCGGGCAGCUACCAGUUGAUCUCUACGACACCGCGCAGCUCUACCGCCUUGCCCUGCCCUAUAACCGGCUCAGGGGUGUACUCCGCGGGGAGCUCAUUUCCAGGCUCACAAAUCUCGUCGUCCUUGAUCUGGGGGGGAACGACCUGAUGGGUGAGCUACCCGGAGGCAUCGGCAGGCUGACGAACUUGCAGCAACUGUUGCUCAGCGACAACAGGUUUAAUGGAACCAUCCCCUCGGAGCUGCUAAGUAACUGCACGAAGCUCAGGAAUCUCAAUCUGAGAAGCAACCAUCUCACCGGAGACAUCUCGGCCAUGGAUUUCUCCCCGUUCUCGCAACUCAGCACCCUCGAUCUAGGGAAUAACAACUUCACGGCGCGGCGAUUCCCGAUGAGUAUAUACUCGUGCAGGUCCCUGACAGCCCUCCGCCUGGCCGGGAGCUCGAUAAGCGGGUCCUUGGCAACUGAAAUGCUCGAGCUGCGGUCGCUGGCCUACCUGUCCCUCUCCAACAACAAACUGAAGGGAAUCCACCAGGCCCUGCAGAUACUCCGGAGAAGCAAACAUCUCACCGUCCUGCUUCUGGCGUGGAACUUCGACGGAGAGGCCAUGCCCGACGGACUUGACGCCGUUGGGGUGGAUGCGUUCCCAAAUCUCCGGGUCCUGAGCUUCUGGGGCUGUCGCCUCACGGGCAGAAUACCUCAAUGGAUAGCCGGACUGGGGAAUCUUGAGGUUCUGGAUCUGUCAGGUAAUCAGCUCGCUGGAAGGAUACCCUUGUGGGUCGGUGCCCUCCCGAACCUCUUCUAUCUGGAUAUGUCCGACAACCGCCUCUCUGGGGAGAUCCCGUCGGAGAUGACGGGCAUGAAGGGAUUGCAAUCUGACCCGGCGGCCGUCCAGGUAGACCAGAGCUACCUUGAGCUGCCCCUUUUCAGGCACCGCGGGGACAACACAUCCAGGUUGCAAUAUAACCAGGUUUCCAAUCUUCCACCAUCAUUAAAUCUAGGAAAUAAUAGUCUGAGUGGAACGAUUCCACCGGAAAUUGGCCAACUCAAGAGACUUGUCAUACUGGACCUCAGUGUGAACAACUUCUCCGGCGAGAUCCCGGAGAAGCUCUCCGACCUCUCAGACUUGGAAACACUGAACCUCUCAGGUAACCGUCUGUCGGGCCCCAUUCCGCGGGCGCUGAUCCGCCUAAACUUCUUGUCCGUCUUCAGCGUUGCGAACAAUAACUUAAGUGGCCCUGUUCCCUCCGAAAGGCAGUUUGCCAACUUUCCCAACUCCAGCUUCGCAGGGAACGACGACCUCUGUGGACCAGUUCUUCUGCGUCCCUGCUCCACGACAUCUGGAGCAGAACAUCUUCCGAGGCAGCGGCGCAGAAGAAGCAAGAAACUCCUUCUUGCGUCAUUACUGAUCACUGGACUUGGUGUGGCCUUAAUUUCGAUACUGCUGGUCUUCUGCAUGCUGUCCACGAAAAGAGGCAGGCACACAGGGCGCAGAGGCUUCGGCUUCGGCGUGAUGGACGCAGAAGCAAUCUCCUCGGCCAGUCCCAUCUCUGGUCUCCACGGCGGUCCGGCCCGAGACUCCAGAGUGGUCGUGCUGUCGCCUGGCAUCCUGUCGAAGAACAUGACAGUAUCGGAGAUCAUAGAGGUGACAAACAACUUCAGCCAGGACAACAUCGUCGGGUGCGGGGGUUUCGGUCUGGUCUAUAAAGCUAAGCUACGAGAUGGCACCGAGUUGGCCAUUAAGAAACUGACCGGUGAAAUGGGACUCAUGGAAAGGGAGUUUGCAGCCGAGGUUGAAGCUCUGUCCACCGCCCGCCAUGAGAACCUCGUUCCCCUGUGGGGAUACUGCGUCCACGGCAGUGUCCGCCUUCUGCUUUACUCCUAUAUGCAGAAUGGCAGCCUGGAUUUCUGGCUGCACGAGAAAGACGACGGGGGUUCGAUAUUGGACUGGCCGGCCAGGCUCAGGAUUGCCCAAGGUGUCAGCCAAGGCCUCGCCUACAUUCACCUGGUCUGCGAUCCGCCCAUCAUUCACCGUGACAUCAAGUCCAGCAACAUCCUCCUCGACCAAGAAUUUAACGCACAUCUGGCCGACUUCGGCUUGGCACGGCUCAUCCUUCCACACAAAACUCAUGUGUCGACUGAACUGGUCGGGACGCUUGGUUACAUCCCACCCGAGUAUGGGAACGCCUGGGUUGCCACUUUGAGGGGCGACAUCUACAGCUUCGGGGUGGUCCUGCUUGAGCUGCUCACCGGCAGGAGGCCGAUCGAUAUGCGCAAGCCCAAGCAGUCAAACGAGCUGGUCGGGUGGGUGCUAGAGAAGAGGCACCAGGGCGAGCAGGAACAGGUGUUCGAUCCCCAGCUGAGGGGCAAGGGAUUCGAAGAGCAGAUGUCGGUAGUGCUCGGCAUGGCCUGUCUCUGUGUAAGCCACAACCCUUCGAGGAGGCCAAUGAUCCGGGAAAUCGUCAGUCAGCUUGCUGGUGUCGGCGCCGACCCGUGUGCAGUCGAGCAGUAA